AUGAACACAAGCGUAAGUAAGCCCUGGGGUAGGCUGCUCCCCUCUCGUUUCUGUGGGUAUUUGAGGCUGCACUCUAACACACGUAGACUCGUGCUGGAGAUUUCUGUCCUGGUUGUAGGGGGCACGGCAUGUGUACUGACCGGGCAGCCCUUUGACACCGUGAAAGUGAAGAUGCAGACGUUCCCCGACCUGUACAGGGGCCUCACCGACUGCUGCCUGAAAACCUACUCCCAAGUGGGCUUCCGCGGCUUCUACAAGGGGACCAGCCCAGCGCUGAUUGCCAACAUCGCCGAGAACUCUGUCCUCUUCAUGUGCUACGGCUUCUGCCAACAGGUGGUGCGGAAAGUGGUUGGAUUGGAAAAGCAGGCCAAGCUAAGUGAUCUGCAGAACGCGGCCGCUGGUUCCUUCGCCUCUGCCUUUGCUGCUCUCGUGCUUUGCCCCACUGAACUCGUGAAGUGCCGACUACAGACCAUGCAUGAAAUGGAGUCGUCGGGAAAGAUAGCCAGAAGCCAUAACACAGUCUGGUCCGUGGUGAAGAGCGUCCUCAGGAAGGACGGCCCCUUGGGCUUCUACCACGGCCUCUCCAGCACUUUACUCCGAGAGGUGCCAGGCUAUUUCUUCUUCUUCGGCGGCUACGAACUGAGCAGGUCGUUUUUUGCAUCAGGAAGAUCGAAGGAUGAACUAGGCCCUGUCCCUUUGAUGUUAAGCGGUGGAGUUGGUGGAAUCUGCCUCUGGCUGGCCGUGUACCCAGUGGAUUGCGUCAAAUCCAGAAUCCAAGUCCUUUCCAUGUCUGGAAAACAGGCAGGAUUUGUCGGAACCUUGAUCAGCAUCGUGAAAAAUGAAGGAAUAACGGCCUUAUAUUCUGGACUGAAACCUACUAUGAUUCGAGCGUUCCCUGCCAAUGGGGCGCUAUUUUUGGCCUACGAGUACAGCAGGAAGUUGAUGAUGAGCCAGUUUGAAGCAUACUGA